AUGAACAUAGAUAAAUAUUAAGGAGAUAGCAUUGGACUUAGAUUGAGAGUUUAAAGAAAGACAAAUACUUUGUGGAAUAUAAAAUUUAUAAAAUUAUAAUAAAUUAUAUUCCAAUAAUUCCUUAGUGAUUUUCUCACUCAAUUUUAGCAUGUGAAAAAGAUUCUCUCUUAUUCGUUAUUAUUGAAUUCUCUUGAAUAAAAAUAUCAUUUCAUGUUCAAAAGUUAAUUGUAUAGUGAACAAAUCCCAACUGAGAAGAUAAAGAAACGAAAAAAUUCCUAUAUCGAUUCGAGUCACUCAACUGAAAUAUAGGAGAAUGGUUUUAUUGAAAUGUUAGAAUUAAUAAAUCUAGAAAAUAAGGUCUAGGUAGAAUCUGAUUAUCUAGAAGGGCUUCUAGACCCUUCAGUUAAAAGAAUAGUUGAUUAUAAUAAUUGUUAUAAUAAGGAGUUGUUUGACUCUUUGAUACAGGACCGAAUAGAUUUGGGAAAUAGCCUAGCCAAACACCUAAUCAAUGAUAAAUCCAGAGCCUUGAUGGUUGAUUGGAUGAUUAAAGUUUUUGGCUGUCGCAACUUCACCAAUGAAAAUACUUUUUUCAGAGCUGUUAACUUGAUGGAUGCCUACCUCAAGAACACUGAAUAAUAAUACAAUGACUCAGAUAUCUACCUGAUAGGUGUCACCUGUAUAUUCAUUGCUUCCAAGGUUGAAGACAUUGAAUGUUUUGACAUUGAAACAAUAAUAAUUGAUCUUUCACAUAAUAAAUUCUCCGCCUAUUAAAUCAAAACAAUGGAAAAGGACAUACUAGAAACUUUGAAUUACAACACUAAUUUUCCAACUCUUAACGAAUACUUAUAAUAUCUAAAAUUUUAAUUAUUUGGAUAGUCUUAAAAUUAAUCUGUAUAAUCCAUUUAUGAUACAGCCAGCCAUAUCCUGAAAUUGUGUUGCCAUGAUUUCUAAAUGAUGUAGUGUCAAUAGAUGCUUUUGGCUGCCAGUAUCUUGGGAUACACAAUUUAUAAAUACAUAGAGUUGCAUCAGUCUAGUAAGGAGGAAUAAGAAAAGAAAAAUAAGAAUUAAAAACAAUAGAUAAAUAAUCUCAUUAGAAUUGGAUAAUUGAAAUUUGAUGAGUAUUUGAAUUGUUUCAAGAAGGUGGAAUAGGUGAUUUCAUUCUUUGAAAGAUAGUAUCCGAGGUGCGUGAACCUACAAAAAAUUAACAUUCAAAAUUGAUUUGAAUUUUUUAUAAUUUUUAUCU